AUGUCUGAGCCAGGAGACCUGAAUCAGGCAGCAGUGGAGGAGGGCGGGACUGAACAGGAGUCUGCCACCCCGGAGAACGGCAUUGUGAAAUCUGAGAGUCUGGAUGAAGACGAGAAACUGGAACUGCAGAGGCGGCUGGCAGCUCAGAAUCAGGAAAGAAGAAAAUCCAAGUCAGGAGCAGGAAAAGGUAAACUGACUCGCAGUCUUGCUGUCUGUGAAGAAUCCUCAGCCAGGCCAGGAGGUGAAAGUCUUCAGGAUCAGGAAUCAAUUCAUUUACAGCUUUCCAGUUUUCCCAGCCUGCAAGAGGAUGAUAAAUCUAGGAAAGAUGACUCAGAAAGAGAAAAAGAAAAGGAUAAAAACAAAGAUAAAACCUCUGAAAAACCCAAGAUCAGAAUGUUAUCAAAAGAUUGCAGCCAAGAAUACACGGAUUCUACUGGCAUAGACUUACAUGAGUUUCUGAUUAACACAUUAAAGAAUAAUUCCAGGGACAGGAUGAUACUCUUGAAAAUGGAGCAGGAAAUUAUUGAUUUCAUUGGUGACAACAACAAUCAUUAUAAAAAGUUCCCUCAGAUGUCAUCCUAUCAGAGGAUGCUUGUCCAUCGGGUGGCAGCUUACUUUGGGUUGGAUCACAAUGUGGAUCAAACAGGGAAAUCUGUUAUCAUCAACAAGACCAGCAACACAAGAAUACCAGAGCAAAGGUUUUGUGAACAUUUAAAAGAUGAAAAAGGUGAAGAAUCCCAGAAGCGGUUUAUCUUGAAGCGAGAUAACUCUAGUAUUGAUAAAGAAGACAAUCAGCAAAACAGAAUGCAUCCCUUUAGAGAUGACAGACGAAGUAAAUCAAUUGAAGAGAGAGAAGAGGAAUAUCAGAGAGUGAGGGAGAGAAUAUUUGCACACGAUUCAGUUUGCUCCCAGGAAAGCCUUUUUGUGGAAAACAGUAGGCUCUUGGAAGACAGUAACAUAUGCAAUGAGACCUAUAAGAAAAGACAGCUCUUUCGGGGCAACAGAGAUGGCUCAGGGAGAACAUCCGGGAGUCGACAGAGCAGCUCGGAGAAUGAGCUCAAGUGGCCGGACCAUCAGAGGGCCUGGAGCAGCACAGACUCUGACAGCUCCAACCGCAAUCUCAAGCCCGCCGUGACCAAGACGGCAAGUUUUGGGGGCAUCACAGUGCUGACCAGGGGUGACAGCACAUCCAGUACCAGGAGUACCGGGAAAUUGUCCAAAGCAGGUAGUUCUGAGUCUAACAGCAGCACAGGCUCCUCGGGGUCUCUGCCCCGCACCCACGCACCCCUGCAGGGCGCGCCCCUGGCUACGGGCGUAGCCGCUGGCUCUCCGGGCUGUGUGCCCUAUCCAGAGGGCGGAGCAGGGGGCCAGGCAGCCCCCAGCACCAGCUACAUCCUCCUUCCACUGGAGGCUGCGACAGGCAUCCCGCCCGGAAGCAUCCUCCUCAAUCCGCACACAGGCCAGCCCUUUGUGAAUCCCGACGGAACCCCUGCAAUAUACAACCCCCCCACCAGCCAGCAGCCCCUGCGAGGCUCGAUGAUGGCGCAGUCCCAGCCACCGCCGCAGCAACAGCCUUCUCCUCAGCCACCCCAGCCACAUAUGGCUGGCCCACUGGUCUCUCAGUCGGUGCAGGGGCUGCAGGCUUCCUCCCAGUCAGUGCAAUACCCAGCGGUCUCUUUUCCUCCCCAGCAUCUCCUGCCAGUGUCUCCAACUCAACAGUUCCCCAUGAGAGACGAUGUGGCGACACAGUUCACCCAGAUGAACCUGAGCCGGCAAUCCUCAGGAGAGACUCCUGAGCCCCCAUCUGGUCCUGUCUACCCGCCGUCCCUCAUGGCACAGCCAACCCAACAGCCAAGCUACGUCAUUGCCUCUACAGGCCAGCAGCUCCCUACGGGGGGGUUCUCAGGCUCUGGACCUCCCAUCUCCCAGCAAGUCCUCCAGGCCCCUCCCUCACCACAGGGCUUUGUGCAACAGCCUCCGCCUGCACAAAUGUCCGUGUAUUACUAUCCAUCUGGUCAGUACCCUACCUCAACCACGCAGCAGUACCGGCCCCUGGCCUCCGUUCAGUACAGUGCUCAGAGGGGUCAGCCAACACCACAGGGGGCACAAGCAGGUUACCAGCCAGUCUUGUCUGGCCAACAGGGGUUCCAAGGCCUCAUAGGAGUGCAGCAGGCACCCCAGAGUCAGAGCGUGAUGAGCAACCAACCAGGAGCUCCGGUGCAAAGCGUGAUGGUCUCCUACCCAACAAUGUCUUCUUAUCAGGUGCCAAUGACCCAGGGUUCUCAAGGACUGCCCCAGCAGUCAUACCAACAGCCAAUCAUGCUACCUAACCAGGCAGGUCAAGGGUCACUCCCAGCCACUGGAAUGCCUGUUUACUGUAAUGUCACACCGCCGACCCCUCAGAACAACCUUAGGCUGAUCGGUCCACACUGCCCCUCCAGCACUGUCCCCGUGAUGUCGGCUAGCUGCAGGACAAACUGUGCAACUAUGAGCAACACCGGGUGGCAGAUCAAAUUCUGA